AUGGUUCGGGUGGCGGGAUGUGGUAUUGCUAUUACCGCGCACACGACUGGCGCGAGGGGCGAUCGUGACGGUGGUCUCGGCGACAACCGGCUGAGCAGCGUUUUGGAUGAUGCGACGAUGAUGACGACAAGCAGGUUUAAGGUGGCGGCGGAGAAGGGAGAUCCCUCUUCGGCCGGGGAGGCAUUCAUGGGAAUAAGGAGAGAGGAAGAGAAUGAGGCAUUAACGAGUUUCCCCAACGACCAGGAAUGGGAAUGGGAACCGAAAUCGACGGACGGUAAAAUACGUCGGGCCGCUGAAUCAACUGUCGUCUCCAACACGGAGAAUCUCAUGAAGUACAUGUCCCUCGACCAGCGCGGUCAGGUUCAGGCAGAAUACAUCUGGAUCGACUCGAUCGGUGGCACCCGCUCCAAGACAAAGACCCUCUCCAAGCCCGUCAAGAGCGUCGACGAGCUCCCCGAAUGGAACUUUGACGGUUCUUCGACCGCCCAGGCUCCCGGUGACAACUCCGAUGUCUACCUCCGCCCCGUCGCUUUCUAUCCCGACCCUUUCCGCCAGGGUGACAACAUCCUCGUUCUCUGCGAGACCUGGGACUCCGAUGGCAGCCCCAACAAGUACAACUUCCGUCAUGACGCCAACCGUCAGAUGGAGACCCACGCCAAGGAGGGCUUCUGGUUCGGUCUAGAACAGGAGUACACCCUCCUCGGUACCGAUGGCUGGCCCUAUGGCUGGCCCCGUGGCGGUUUCCCCGGUGCCCAGGGUCCGUACUACUGCGGUGUCGGUACUGGCAAGGUCUACUGCCGUGACAUCGUCGAGGCCCACUACCGCGCCUGCCUGUACGCCGGCAUCAACAUCUCCGGUAUCAACGCUGAGGUCAUGCCCUCCCAGUGGGAGUACCAGGUUGGCCCUUGCCCCGGUAUUGACAUGGGUGACCAGCUGUGGAUGUCCCGUUUCCUUCUUCACCGCGUCGCCGAAGAGUUCGGCGUUCGCAUUUCCUUCGAGCCGAAGCCCAUCAAGGGUGACUGGAACGGUGCCGGUCUGCACACCAACGUCUCCACCCAUGCCACCCGUGCCGACGGCGGCAUGAAGGUGAUUGAGGCCGCCAUGAAGAAGCUCGAGGCCCGCCACGUUGAGCACAUUGCCGUCUACGGCGAAGGCAACGAGGAGCGUCUCACCGGUCGUCACGAGACCGGCAACAUCGACAAGUUCUCCUACGGUGUCGCCGACCGCGGUGGCAGCAUUCGGAUUCCCCGCCAGGUCGCCAAGGACGGCAAGGGCUACUUCGAGGACCGUCGCCCGGCCUCGAAUGCCGACCCCUACCAGAUCACCGGUAUCAUCGUCGAGACUAUGUGUGGUGGCCUCUAG